UAGCAGAUAGACGGGAAAGGACUUGCAAGCUGGGUGUGGGAUCUUUGCCUGUUAAGGCGCGGAAGCGGGUUUGGGAAAGAGAAGUUCGUUUGGAUAAACUGGGUCUGAACAAAUGGCAGUAUCUGCAGGCAGCUGGGGCUCAGGAGGGAGGUCCUGGCUGGGGAGAGCGGUCAGAAAGUCAAGGUCCUGGGAGAGCUGAGGAGGGGAGGGCCACACCUGAUGUUGAGGGACCCAAGGAGACGCCGGAGGAGGAGACAGCACUGAACCGGCCCGAGAGGCUGGAGUACAGAGUCGGUGCUGCGGCCUGUCCUGCCGCCGAGGUUAAGGUGAACUUAGACCCCAGGCACCGGUGUUCACUGGAGCCCUGGGAGAGAGGUCAAGGGCGGGGAAGCCCUGGCCCCCAGUUCCUCUCUACCCCUCCCCAGGUACCCCCCAGAAUGGGCAACUCGCAGGAGAGACCGUCAGAGACGAUCGACCGCGAACGGAAACGCCUGGUAGAGACGCUGCAGGCGGACUCCGGGCUGCUGCUGGAUGCGCUGCUGGCGCGGGGCGUGCUCACCGGGCCGGAGUACGAGGCGUUGGACGCGCUGCCUGAUGCCGAACGCCGGGUGCGCCGCCUGCUGCUGAUGGUGCAGAGCAAGGGCGAGGCCGCCUGCCAGGAGCUGCUGCGCUGCGCCCAGCGCACCGCGCGCGCGCCGGACCCCGCCUGGGACUGGCAGCACGUGGGCCCCGGCUAUCGGGAUCGCAGCUACGACCGUCCUUGCCCAGGCCACUGGACACCGGAGGCAGCCGGCUCGGGGACCCCAUGCCCUGGUCUGCCCAGACCUUCACACAGUGAGGAGGCGGGGGGUUCUGAGAGCUCCGAGGCAGUGCAAUCCGGAACCAUCGAGGGGCCCCAGAUAGAGUUAGAAGCUGAGGCCUCUGAAGGGCCUGAAUCCGAGUUGGAAUCGCAAACGGAUCCGGAGCCAGAGGCAGAACCAGAACCUGAACUGGAACCAGAACCUGAACUGGAGCCGGACCAGGAGCCAGAGCCAGAACCUGAGCCAGAGCCAGAACCUGAGCCAGAGCCGGUCCAGGAGCCAGAGCCCGACCCGGAGCCAGAGCCCGACCCGGAGCCGGAGCCGGAGCCGGAGCCGGAGCCAGACUACGAGGCAGAGGAUGCGUCUGAAGAUUCCUGAGGGCCGGCGCCCUGACUGGCUACUCCCCAUCCAAGCCCAGUGGAACCUGGGAUCCCGGCCUGGCUGGGUUGGAUUCCCACCCAGGCUCCACCUGGCCCAGGAUUCGCUGGAGUGAAUAAACUGUGGAGGGUGGAUCUGGCUCUCGGUGAUUCCGGCCCCUUGCCCAGGAAUAAAGAGAUGGACCUGU